GAGCCAGCAGCUACUGGGGGGGCAAGCAAUGCUGCUGCCCCCAAUGUCAACAGGAGAGUGACAGGCCGCAGCAGGACCAUCGGGUGGACCCGGAGGACAAGGCCGAGGAGCAGGCAGACGGGGGACCCGAGGACCUCCCUCCAACGACGGCGGCGGCACCCGGAUCCAGCGAGACCAGCUUCUUGGAUCAACGCCUGGUGCCAUCUGCCGGAAGGGAGGUUCCACUGCGCCUUGUGGAGCUGACUUCCGACCAGCUCCCUUGGUGCGGCAACGUUUGGUCCCCCUUGGAAGGACCAACAUCACUUAGCGCUGUACCUGUGCUUCUUCUUCCACUUACUUAGGUCCGGCCUGAGAGAGAGGGAGGAUGGCUACGGGAGCACAGCCAGGAGUACGACGCCACAACGCCGUCCGAAUGACACUCCAGAACAGCGGAGAAGGGGGCAGCGAUGCUAGUGGUCCCCCCCAGGUGGCACAAGGGGCAAAGGGCGCAGCCGUAAGGGGCGCCGCCGAGCCAGCAGCUACUGGGGGGGCAAGCAAUGCUGCUGCCCCCAAUGUCAACAGGAGAGUGACAGGUAUGACCCGCCUAGAGUUUAGCCGGGCAGUGCUCCAGCGAGCCAUGGGCUUUGUGCCUGGCGACCUGAACUGCCUGGUGAAGGUUCCGGGCAACGCAGAUAUCUUUGAGAUUAGUUUCAGGUCUGCAAACAUCCUGGAGAGGUUCUGGAACCUCUAUAGAGAGGGGAAGGGUAAGGCUCCCCUCAGUGUUUUUGACGUAGAGCCCCUGUCUGACAUCGAAAACAAGGUGGUCACUGUGCAGUUUUAUAACGAAGCUGUGCAGGACCACGAUGUGAGUACGUGGUUGAGCAGGUAUGGUCUUGUUAGAUCCGAAGCCCGGAGAGUCCUUGAUGAGGACGGAGUCUGGACCGGAGCCAGGAAAUGGCUGGUCCAACUCAAGCCCGACCCCUCUGCACCUGGGGGGGUAUGCCACAUCCCCAGCUCCAUCACGCUGGGGAGACACAGGGGGGUGGUGUUCUAUUACGGCAUGCCCAAGCUGUGCAGGAACUGCGGCGAGUUAGGUCACUUGGCCGCAGCCUGCACAGUGGUCAAGUGUAAGACGUGCGGCGGCGAACACGAGACCAGGGCAUGCCGUGACCCAAAGCCCUGUAACCUCUGCGGAGCGAGGGGGCAUCUCUUUAGAGAUUGUCCCCUCUCGUACGCGAACAGGGCUAGGAACACCGCGCCCCCUCCACCAUCUGCUGCCCCCCCUUCGGCCCCACCGCCUCCCCCGCCUACCCCCAUGCCACGCACCAGACCACCCACCCCUACCCCCUCCCAGCCUGGAAGCCCAACCCCACACGCACAGACCCCAGCACAAGACCCUACCCCCUGUAUCCCCACCGCCGGAACCCCCAACUCCACAGUGUCCCCUGCCUUAGAUCCCACCAACCCCGUCACUGUCACUGUCAAGGAGGAGCCUGACUCCGACACCCCCAUUGUGGUGUUGGAGUCAGACUCCUCAACCUCAGAAUCAGACACCACCACACCUCUAGGUGUGGUGGUGGCUGAAGAGGCGGAGGUCCGGGAGGUGGCCCGGGAGUUCUACGGGGGCCUCUAUAGUGAGAGUCCCUCCGAUGGGGCUCUCAUGGACACCUUCCUGGGCGGCCUUGACAGACGUCUGGGUGACGAGCUGAUGGACUCGGAGUUGAGCACCGAGGAGCUCACCCGGGCCGUGCUCUCCCUCAACCAACAUAAAGCUCCGGGUCCUGACGGAAUCCCAGGUGGACUUCCGAAAAAACAAGGACCUGGCGAGAGAGAAAUGGGGGUGGACCACUGGAAAGAACUUAUCAUAUAG